UAAAGCUUGGAACGGGCGACUGAUGGCGGUUCCGGCGGGCUUCAUCUUCGGGGCAGCCGCGGCCGCGGUGAUCGCCGUGGGCGCGUACAUGUUCUUCUGGCCGGCGUCGGCCGUGGUCAUGAUGAAAGCACCUGGAUCCGGCGGCCUGCUGAUAUCCCGCUUGGCGUUCGAGGCCAACCCGCAGCGCUACUACCACCUCCUCCGCACCGCCGGCGCCGCGGUGGCCGCCGCUGCUUUCGCUCCGUGAGCGGGGUGACCGCCCGCCUUCCUAAGCUGCUGCACCGAGAUCU